AGAAGGAGGAGGAAGAGGAGGAAGUAAAAGGACGGGAAGGUUGUUCUGUCGGAUGAUAAACAUUUGUCAGGAUUCCCCAUAAGGCUAAUAGUAAUCCGGCCUUAAGGUACGCAAAAUUCGUAAAAAGGUUCGGCAGUAAAUGUAAAGCAGGAUUCGGUCAUGAAGACGAAGGAACUGUCGGAACAACUGAGGGAUAAAAUUGUAGAAGGACACAAGUCGGGAGACGGGUGCAGAAUAAUUUCGGAGACGCUGAGUAUCCCUUUAAGCACAGUGAGGUCAGUAAUUAAUAAGUGGAAGGUCCACCAUACGACCCAGACACUCCCCAGACCAGGACGGCCAUCCAAACUAAACAACCAGGCACGGAGGAAACUGGUUCUGGACGUCACUGUAAAGCCAACGGUGACUUUAAAAGAGCUGCAGAAGUCCAUUGCUGAGACUGGCAAAAAUGUCAGUAAAUCAACAAUAUCUCGAGCGCUUCAUAAUGCUGGCCUGAUGUGGCGGAGUUAUAAGGAAUCUGUUACUGAAAAGAAGCCAUCCGAAAAACAGCUUGGAGUUUCCAACAAAUCCUUCAAAGUACAGCAUUCAGUGAAGAAGAAGGAACUAUCAGAACAGCUGAGGGGUGUAGUUGUAGAAAGGCACAGAUGUGGAGAAGGGUAUAAAAAAAUUUCCAACACACUCAAUAUCCCUUUAGGCACGGUCAAGUCAAUUGUUAAGAAGUGGCAGGUGUAUCAUACAACCCAGACACUCCCCAGAUCUGGACGACCAACAAAGCUGAAUACCCACGUAAGGCAAAAACUGCUUCAGGAUGUCACAGUGAAACCAGGAGUAACUGCGAGAGAGUUACAGAAGUCAGUGGCUAAGAUGGACAAAAACAUGUGUAAAUCAGCAAUAUGUCGGGCUCUUUGGAACGUUGACCUUACAAGUCAGAGUGACAAGGAAUCUGUUACUGAAAAGAAUCCAUUGGAAGGUCAGAAUGAUGUUUCCAACAAAGCAUGUAAAGUACAACAUUCAGUAAAGAAGAAGGAACUAUCAGAACAACUGAGGGGUGUAGUUGUAGAAAGGCACAAAUGUGGAGAAGGGUAUAAAAAAAUUUCCAACACCCUCGAUAUCCCUUUAGGCACGGUAAGGUCAAUUAUUAAGAAGUGGCAGGUGUAUCCGACGACCCAGACACUCCCCAGAUCUGGACGGCCAUCCAAGCUGAUUAACCAGUCAAGAAGGAGACUGGUUCAGGACAUCACAGUGAUCCCAGCAGUAACUGUAAAAGAGCUACAGAAGUCAAUUCCUGAGAUAGAUGAAAAUGUGUGUAAAUCAACAAUAUCUCACCCACUUUGGAACGUUGACCUAACAAGCCAGAGUGACAAGGAAUCUGUCACUGAAAAGAAUCCAUCGGAAAGUCAGCAUGGAGUUUCCAACAAAGCAUGUAAAGUACAACAUUCAGUAAAGAAGAAGGAACUGUCAGAACAACUGAGGGGUGUAGUUGUAGAAAAGCACAAAUGUGGAGAAGGGUAUAAAAAGAUUUCCAACACACUAAAUAUCCCUUUAAGCACGGUAAGGUCAAUUAUUAAGAAGUGGCAGGUGUAUCAUACGACCCAGACCCUCCCCAGAUCUGGACGGCCAACCAAGCUGAAUACCCAGGCAAGGAGGAAACUGGUUCAGGACAUCACAGUGAACCCAGCGUUGACUCUAAAAGAGCUACAGAAGUCAAUGGCUGACACAGACAAAAAUGUGUGUAAAUCAAAAAUACCUCAAGCACUUGGGAACGUUGACCUAACAAGCCAGAGUGACAAGGAAUCUGUUACUGAAAAGAAACCAUCGGAAAGUCAACAUGGUGUUUCCAGCAAAGCAAUUAAAGUACGACAUUCGGUGAAGAAGAAGGAACUGUCAGAACAACUGAGGGGUGUAGUUGUAGAAAAGCACAAAUGUGGAGAAGGGUAUAAAAAAAUUUCCAACACCCUCAAUAUCCCUUUAGGCACGGUAAGGUCAAUUAUUAAGAAAUGGCAGGUGUAUCAUACGACCCAGACCCUCCCCAGAUCUGGACGGCCAUCCAAGCUGAGUAACCAGGCAAAGAAAAGAUUGGUUCAGGACGUCACAGUGAAACCAACAAUCACUCUAAAAGAGCUGCAAAAGUCCAUUGCUGAGACAGGCAAAAAUGUCAGUAAGUCAACUAUAUCUCGAGCACUUCACAAUGCUGGCCUGACAUGGCGGAGUGACAGAGAAAGAAACUAACAUUAAAACAAACUCUCAAAAUGUUUAUACAGUUUCUAAAUGAGCAUAAAAAAAGAACUUUGGGGAAAAAAAGGUUUUUAGAUUAAAAAAUCUUUUGGUAAAAUUAGAACUUUUUGACUCAAUUGCAUCCUGGAUUUAAACUGAACAUCCACAUUUUGGCAAUGCCUUUCACCACUUAGCAAUGGGCAGUUCAAAUCAAAAUUGUGGGGAGUGGAUUAAUAUACAAAGAAAUUUUACUGGGAAACAUUAGUUUGUUAAACUCCCAUAAGUGCAAUAAAAACUAUCCCGCCAACCUGACUUCACAGUGAUCCAAUCUACACUAAAGUGUCUGACCGAGGUGGUAGUGAAAGUUCUUGAAUAAGCCAAGACACGGUCAUACCUGUAAUCUGAAAAUCUCUAUCCUUCAGCAAUCAAAACUUCUUCCUCACACGGAAAGUCCACAAAUUGCUGUUCAGUGUCAGUAUCGUCCACAGUGGCUGUGUGAUCUUCUCACAGCUGUGCCAUCUCAAUCGAUACAGCAGAACACCUCUAUGUAGCCUUUAUAGUUUCCCACCCAUGUCGAAAUUAAGGAUAACAAAUAAUAUUAAGUCACACUUAUGGAUGUGAGAAUAAUUUCUAACAUUGACUUGCAUGUGCUCUUGAGAAUUUGACAAUUAUUGGACAAUAUUAUUGACUUGGAGAGCAGUAUCGCCUGUAUUUGUGUCACCAGAUGAUAGGUGGCAGUAAAAUGCAUCCAAACCACAUGAGCAGGUGACUUGUUCAUCUGACAUCCAUGGCAUUUUCAGCUGUUGUUUUUUUGCUCUUUGCAAUUAUCAACAACUUUUAUUUGUAACGUGAUGGGUACUUGACUGAAAUCCAGAUUAAGCAGAGACAUUCUAAUUUUUGUAUGUCAAUUGAGCAGAUGGACCUCAGAAACUUGCAUGUGGACGUGCAGCCUAGUGAGAAUGAUGAAGAACCACAAAAAAAAAAUGAGUUUGGCUCAGCAGGGAAUGGCAGAAGUCAACAGACAGCAAACUGCACCAAAUGUUUACAGUUCUCUCGGUUUUUUCUUUGAAGUGCUAAAUUAUUUGCCCUUAAAAAACUGCAACCCCACUCUUCUUAACCAGACUAAAUGUUUAGUUUUCAGUAAUAGCCAGAAGAGGGAGACAUUGUCCUUUUGUCUCCUCAAGGUCCACAAGAACUAUAGGAAAAGUUCUUGCAUAGAACUUAAGUGUUGUCCUCUGCUACUUAAUAUAAUUUAUUUCACAGUAAUAUAUGGUACUGAUUCAGAAAACCUUGUAAGGUGUGUUUUUUGCUGGAAGCAAUUCAAACAACUGCAUUUUCAGUUGUACUUGCACUUGUGUGUUCUCAACCAAGGAUCAAAACAUGUUUUAGAGUUGCAUAAAUGUUUAAAUUCACAGUUAUAAAAUGGGGAAAGCCUUAUGAAAUGCUUGUUUUUGAAGUAAAAUAUUCAUUAGUAAGCUUGAAAUGUUGAUGCUGUCUACCAGAUAUUCAUCAGCCACAUGGAGUAAGCAGGAUUGUUGCUGGGCUUCAUGCAGCUCAUGGCCAUUUUAGAGUUAUUUAGCCAAAGUGUCACUUUGCAUUAAGGAAAGCAUGAGGUACGGUUCUGAACUACAUGUCACCAUGUCUGUUUUCUGGUCUUGGGCUGCUUUUCCGUUGUCUUGUUCCAUAAUGGCACAUCAAUGCUGUGUGUUGAGAGAGGGGCAUUUGUUGUAUCUCUGCUUGAGUAAUAGUGGAGCUUGACAUCCAGGUCCAACUUGUGCAGUUUCCUAAUUGACAGGUUCUAUCAGUGUGGAAGAAGGGAAAACUGACAAGUGUGGGAAGGCUGUGGUAUAGUUAAGGGGGAAAUGCCAUUCAUGGCUGGAUUAUCAGCAUGGAGGCCAACGGCACACCAACAAUCAGGCCUGGUUGCCGCCAGCUUGUGGUUCUCUCCAUUUUCGUUUUAGCACCAUCUCCAGUGACCCUUUUUCGUGCAAUAAGUACAUUGUUAACUUUUGGUAUAUUUUCCAUAAGGUGUCACAUUUGAUUAUUAAUAAACUUUUGCCACAGUCUUCCUGUACUACACACCUCUGGUGUGUUGGACCACAUGCUUAUUUAAAUUUUUUUUUCAUAUUACUGUGUAUCGCCUUCUUAAUAUUGACCAUAAUUUUCUUAUUUCAGUUUUCUGUGUUUUGCAAGACAUUCAUAGACUCAUCUGCCAGUACUAUAUAUUUAACAUUGUUUGAAAGAAAUACUUUAAAAGUGGCCUUUAAAAUCUUUUAAUUUACGCAUUCUUUUCCCAAUUUCACAAUUUCUUUUUUAAAUUUUGCUUUGUGAUUUCAUCUUAAAUAUUUAAAAUAUUGAUAAGGAUAGGACUAGUGUGAUUAACAGAAAAAGCCUCCUUGAUAGGAGGAAACAGACUUAUGGGGCCUGUUCUGGUAAAUGGGGAAAAGAAAAACCACCAUCAAAGAUUUCUUCAUACAAAUUCAACAUUACUGAAGAAAAAAGAAAAUCGAGUCCUAUCAUAUGUCAUAAAACAUAGCUACAUAUUCUUUAGGUUUUCCGAUGCGAUUUUCUUAACGGAUACAUUUUUAUAAUAUCCAUUUUUUUCCGUUUCAGACUAUGCCAUGCUGGUGUGUGAUCACACGAUUUUCUCAUAAAUUCUUGACAGUUAAAGGAAAUGACAAAGUGAUGGUUUAGCUGUUAAUGAUUGCAUACAUAUGACUACAGCCAUCAUUUUACUCCACAGAAAGUAUAAUAUUUUCUUAAUGUGUCCAGAAGCGGCCCCCAAAUCCCACUUCAUCUUAAAUAUAUAGCAGCCAAAUAGUUCUCCCAAAUAUGCUUUAUAUUUUUAUGAAUGCUAAAGCCAUAAAGUUCAUUGCUGUUCGUGAACUCUCUGUGGUUUUAGUAGAAUGGGUACGUCCUUAUUUAGUUUUAUUGGAUUU